UUCCCUUUGGGAUUUUCGACGCGAGUCGCGAAACUAAUGAGCCAAUCAAAAUGCUAGGAUUACGCAGAAAACCGGGCCUAUCUGCGAUCUUUGAUUAAUUGCUAACAACGAGUCAUCCAUUUUGGUGAGUGAUGGAGUGACUAUUAGCACUCUGAGUGCAUGUUUGUAAAUACUGUAUUACGACUUUACAUACCUAAAUAGGUAUGUAAAGUUAUAAUACCUACAGUUUGAAAAUAUAAUGAAAACAAUGAGUAGGGAAAGGCAAGUUGAUGUCAAUAAGCAAUAAAGAUCUUUCCCGGUUGAUACAUUUGAAUAUUUUAGUGUUAUAUUAUUAUGAAUAAGACCAUCAACAUUUGUACACACUAAGUUUUUUUUUUUUUCAUUUUAAUGCAACGCAAUGCAUCUAAACUAUUUCGGAGUCUUGUUUAGGUAUCUUUGCGAAUAACAAAUAUCCCUUAUUCGUGUGUCAGACGCCAUUUUGCACAUGUCUGGACGUAUGGCUUUCUCCCACUGCUGCCAGGAAGAAAUAUUGGCUUGUCUGCCGGUUUCCCGCUGCGGGACUAUGUGUAUGAACUUGAUGAAAUUUGAGUGCCAAAAAUAGGCUGCAGUUCGUCAGAAUAGUCAACAAACUUAGGCUAGGUAGAAAUUUUUUUAUUCCGUGUUUAAUUGGGCGAUGAUGUGUUUGCCCGCCCAACGCCCGCCAGAUGUGUCAAUUUUUGCAAAGCCGGCAGACUUAGCCAUUUUUUUCCCUCCCGCUGCGGGAAUUCGGCUCGGGAAAGGCUAAAUUGAUUUUAAUGUUUUUUUUUGUGAUCUCUCCUCAAUUUAUUACAAAAUUUGAGAAUACUUUUAAAUUCUUCUACCCAUACUACUUCCGUUUCAUUUGAAUCAUAAUGGGCUCUUCAAACGCAUUGCGGUAUUUGAUCGAUCGAUUGAAUUCGUUGCGCCUACUCAGCCGGCACUUAAGGAAAAUCGCAUGCAAUUUGUGGCAAGGCCUGUGAAGCUCUAAAGCCAACUAGAUGAGCCGUUAAACUGACAUUAUCAACAUUUAAAAAAAUACUAUUUACUUUAAAAUGUACUCAAAAGAAUGGAUUAUGUAAAAUGCGGAGUUAUACAAAGCCUUUGUGCUGAACUUAUCGGAACGUUAAUUAUCUGCGGUAUUCUACUCUCAGGUUCUACAUUAAUUUCAUCAAAAUCAUAUCGCAAUGAAACACAUAACUUACAGAACGAUCAUGAAUUGAACAAACUAUCAGAAAAAAGCGCCGACCCCAGUGACAAAGCAUUGGCAUACGGGCUUACAGUUACUUCUGUGGUGACCUAUACAGUCCAUAUCUCUGGUGGACAUUUCAAUCCAGCUAUAACUUUAGGGGCAAUUAUCUGUAGAGACAUCAGUAUAAUCCUAGGAACGUGUUACGUCCUGGCGCAGAUAAUCGGAGCGCUAAUAGGCGAAGUAUUAGCCAAGCUGAUCGUCGAAAAAAAACAGCCUGAUCAAGAAAGUUCAGAAUUUGCGAUUGGAGUAUUAGCAUCGUUCAUGUUAGUAUCGGUGUAUCUAAGUGUGACUGAUACCAGAAAGUUUGGAAAAGAUGUAGGCUCAGCUCCGCUGGCUGUUGGACUCACUAUAACAGCCUUAGCAUUGUCAGAGGACAGGAUUUCCAUGAACCCUGCAAUAUCUCUGGCAACAUCGAUGCAUUAUGAAGACUUUAUAUACACUUGGGUGGACUGGAUAGCACCUCUUCUUGGAGGGUUAAUGGCUGGAAUUGUUUAUCGGACUCUAACCAAGUAUUAUGAUUUGUUAUCAGUUCGUGUGAACUAUUCGAAUUCAUUCGUUACUGUCACAGCAAGCAAAGAUAAUUGAGUAUAGAGGCGUAUUGUCAAAGUAAAUUUUGUAGUCAAGUAAAUUUACUGCCGUCUUUCGACACAGGGCUAAAAUUCUUUAUUUUUUUUAUUUACCAGACUUACAACAAUUAUUUAUUAUUUACCUGCUAAGUACUUGUUUUUACAUAUAGAAUACAUAUGGCUAUUUAGCCCACGCGUUCUGUCACUGAUAUGUGUUAAAAAAUAUCAAACGGUGUCGCCAUUCACUUGAACAUAGUCCAAAAAUUUAUCGCCGUCUAUUCGAGCAUAUGUUUUUCUUAAUUUUUGGAGGCACGUUUUUUUCUUAGACUUUCGACCCGAUUCGAAGAAAGAGAUACGAUAACGAUAAGUUUUGCUUUAGAUAAGUUCUCAUUUAGAUAUCGUUUGUAUGUCGUAUAAUUGACAGCCAAUGUCACUUUGACGGUAGAAAUAUCGUAGAUAGAUCUUAUUGGGAUCACAGCGGAAUCGAAAUAAACGUCAAUUUUGUCAUGUCGUUUAGUUAUCGAACUUUUAAAGAUCUUUCCAAGAUCUAAAACGAGUCUUAAUCAAUCUUCGAAUCGUUUAUUUAUCUUAUACAGAGUAAUCUUUGCAGUAAGUAAUGGAAGUAAAGAAUGUUUUUUUUUUGCUUUGGUCGUAACAAGCAAGAGCGUAUUACGAGUACAAUAUCAACCCCGUUAUUCAUAAAAGUUUAUAAGCCAUUUAAUUAGUUGAUUCAUUUUUUAUCCUUUUGUACAAAUACAUUACUCAUAAUGUCAGAUAACGACAAAAGAUUAAUAGCCAAAUCGGGCUGGUAGCUCAUUUAUGAAUAACGCCAUAAGUGUCCUUUCACAUGAUUUAGUAACAAAGGAAUUAAUAAUAAUAUUUUAAUGCUGACAUUUCGAUUUCAAUUAGUUGAUUACUGUUUGUUUGUAUUUUUCUCGCCUUUCUGGAAACGUUAACUACAUUUUUUUUGUUAACAUUUCUUUUCUUAAUUUAUUUUUCUUAUACCAACACAUCUGAAGUUUUUAAUUUUUUUUUAUAUGUUGAUUUUUAUAUUUUUUUAACAAAUCCAGCAUUGCAUCAAUACAUUUAUUUGGUAAAUAUACUAAAAACUAAACUACAAAACUUAAAACCUAGAUCUAAAAAUAAAUAAAACUAGACUUAAAAUAAAAUAUACUAUCCCCCUGCGGCAUGGUGCCGUAGAUGCUAGCAGCAUUUCCUCGCUGUAUCGCAAGACUAAUUCUUUGAGCGAGGAAGCUGCCAGCUCUGCGGUCACCGGUGACCUCUCUAAUCCUUUUAGAAAGUUCCUUAAAAACCAAGGCUCCCACGGACCAAGGGUCUCGACGCCAAAUGGUACGAAAUUAUAUUCGGUGCCGAGAUCCCUAUAUUUAGUCUUUUUUAAUUUUUCGACCGCCUCUGCCGCCGCGCCAGCCUUAGCAGAAGUGCCGUGGAGAUGAGACGGGGCUAGGGUGUCUACACAGAUUUAAAUUUAAAUUUAAAUUUGAUUUAAAUUAAACUGAUUUUUUAAUUAUAUUAGUUUUAGUUUUUACUCGUUGACUUUUUUCUCUUAAUUAAUGAUUUAUUUUUCUUAUUCUGAUAUAUUCCAAAUAUUUUCCAAUUUUAAAUUAUAUUAUUUUAUUAAUUUUCUAUUAACUUGUUCAAAUUUUUAGAUUGUUAAUUAGAUUAUCAAUUUCUUUUAUUCAUGUUUAUUUAAUUAUGGACUACCUCUUUGCGGUGUGUGUUUAUUUGACAUAGUUUAAGGGUAGCUGCAGCUGGAGCUGCGUUUCAAGGGUAUGAAAACAUAGCAUUAUAGCAAGCAUAGCACAUCUGUGGUCGAAAGGCACCCUUAAUAUUAAUUUUUAUGUUAUGAUGUUUAUUUAGGAUUUAUCAAACACUAUGUUACUGAAUAAAUGAUGAUGAUGAAUAAUUAUGGAACCUGCAUAAACUGUAGGGGUCAGCACAGGAGACGUCAGUUUUUGGUCGAGGUGUAAAUGUGAAGUUUAUGCUUCUAAUGUCGCCCACAAGAUGGCAGAACCUACUAAGAUAACGUACGAGAACGGUAAAUGGCAGCACUUGCUUUGGCGUGAGGUGUCAAUGUACAUGUUUAUGCUUCCGAUUCAAGCCACAAGAUAGCAGACCUUCCAACACGCACGGUCUCUAUACUAACUUUAGUUAUCAUAGGUACGUAAGUUAUCGCCAAACAUUUUUAACGUACCUCAGUUUCUAGAAUUAUUAUUUUUAAGGUUGUUCUGUAAUACCGGGCGACUUUUCUAAAGGAUGUCAUUGUUUAUUGAUAUAACAUUUUUAAAGUACGACAUUUCAAUUUAAUACUUAUUUUGGUGACUGAUUCAAUAUAUAUUUGAUUACA